AAUAGAUUAAUUCGACAAUAGUUUCUUCUCUUCUCAUCCAAAACCGUAUUCAAUAAAAUUUAUUUAAUUUAGCAUAAGAAUUUAUAAUGGAAUCGAUUCAAAUACAUUCUGUGGAUGGAAGAGAAAUAUCUGUUUCACGAUCAACGUUUCCUCAAUACAGCCGAAGAAUAAAAUCCAUGUUGGAGCCAUUUUCGAACAACGUAUCUGUCACCUUUUACUUACCAUAUACAUACGAAAAUCUGCAGAUACUCGACGAAUUUAUUAAAAAAAAAUUACCAAAAUUUCAUAAUUUGAAACGUGCAAUGAACAUUUAUCAAAUUAGCAAAAGAUUGAACAUUGUUGCUUUAAACAUUUACUGUGGACGUUAUAUAAUUCAUCCUUUUCGGACGCCACAUGUUUGUGAAAUUUAUGUAUUUGCUUGCCAAAACAAUGACUAUGACUUACAAUUUUAUUGUUGGAAAAAAUUUAGCAAUGAUUGGAACACAGUAUUUUAUCAAAAUAAAAACGCUUUGGACUGUGAUGAAAUUGUGAUUCGUAGACUCGUUUCUCGCCCUAUAUAUAAAAAAUUGGUGGAGCGGAUUAUUUUUAAAAUUGUUUAUGAAUGGGCAAGACGUAGAGUUAACUCGAAUACAUCCCUGCGGCAAGUCAUGGCUCCGUUCUUAUCCAACAUCAGAUUUCUUACAAUGGAUGAUGAAUUUUUAAAGGGCUAUGUAUAUCCGAAACAAUUGUUAACAGAAGAAGAAGUAAAUGCCAUUCAACACUACAAAGUAACAUCUGACAAAUCAAUAAUUCCAGAUAGCAUUUCUAGAAGUCAUCUUUCGAGAAACCAUGAAAAACAUAGCUUUUGGUUCAUAUAUUGCAAUCGAAGUUAUUCCAUUCACGAUCAAGAAAUGAAUAUGGAAAACAAGUUUCAGUUCAUUUCGGAGAUAUUUGUUCUAGAAGAUUGUUUCCUCACUGGAAUCGAACUCCCAAUUUCUCAUAACAGCGAAAAACGUAUAAGAAUAAGAAUACAGAAGUUUAUUGACAAUGGUAUUUGGAAUCCCGAAAAAGAAAAUUACGUAUCUUGUGAUCAGAAUGGAAAGAUUAAAUUGUAUCGAGUCAAUUAUAUUUCGAAAUCUUCUACAUUUCGUGUGAUAGCUAAAAUUAAUGAAGAGGACAUUCUACGAAGUAACAUACGAAUUAGUAAUUCGGCAAGUCGUUAUAUAGUAAAUGAAGGAAUGGCCAUAAGUUCUGAAAAAAGUGCUCCGUCGUGUACAGAUAUAGAAUAUAUAUAUUGUAAUGUAAAUCUUUAUUUUUGAAGAAGUUUAAAGGAGUCCCAUAGCAAAUUUUUUUUCAAAAUUUCUAUAAUUUCUUUUUUAAUAUUUUAGUUUUCAUUAUGAGCAAAAUUUGUAAAAUAUUAUGAUAAUAUAUGGUACUUUAUAUAAGAAAUAAAAUCAUUUGAUGUAAUCCAGUGCAUUCUACUGCACU